AUGAUCAGGCUUUUGUUUGUUGUGUUCUUGGCUUCUCUUGUUGCCUGUACGGUGUUGGAUGAGGAUUUGGGAGGUCUAGACUUGGAAAAUCUCCUGCCUAGGGAUGAUGAAAAUGUGGCGGCCUACUCCAACGAUCGUAAUCCAGACAGUUUGUUGAGCGAAUUCAACGGCGGCUGCAGUCGACCAUCGGCUGACGAAGACAAAGGACGAAACCCCGAUGUUUUCUUGGGUCAGUUCAACAGUGCCAAACGAUCGCCUGAAAACAAGAGAAAUCUAGAAAUGUACCUAAGAAAGCUCGAGGAAACGGAUCAACCUCUUACCAAGAUGCUCUCGGCCAAAGAUUUAGAGCAACGCAUCCUGCAGAUCAGGGAGGCCCUCGGCGAACGGCAAGCGUGCGAUUCAGCCAGCCCAGGGUAUCGCACGAUUGACGGUACAUGUAACAACAUCGGCAAGCGAGAGCAAGGUUCGGCCGGUGCUACGAUGAAACGGUUGAUGGACAAUGCUUAUGAUGAUGGACUGUCUCAGCCGCGCACGACAUCUGUGAACGGGGGCCCAUUACCGAGCCCCAGGAAAGUCAGCCUAGCAGUCUUUAAUAACGCCCGCACCAUGGUCAAAAAUUUCACCCAGGUGGGAAUGCACUUAGCACAGCUGGCCAAUCACGACAUCGCCGGAAUUAACUGCGCGGGUUGCGCAGCGAAGGGCGAAUGUUUCCCCAUCCUGAUCGACGACAACGACCCUGUCUUUGGUGCCAAGCAAGAUUGCUUCAACUUUCGCAGGUCCAUCUAUCAAGCUGAUUCUUCGGGUGUCCGUCAGCAAAUCAAUUUCGUCACUUCCUAUCUCGACGCGUCCUUUGCCUACGGCUCAGAUGACACAACGGCAGCCCAGCUGACAGGAGAUUUUGGAAGCUUGAAACAUCUCACCGACACAAAGACGGGUCGAGAGCUGUUGCCACCUGACAAAGCAUUGGAACGUUGCGCUGGAGUCAAUGAGACAGCAGGCAUCUACUGCGGCAAGUCAGGGGACCGUCGCACUGCCACACAACCUGGCCUAACAGCCCUACAUACCCUCUUCCUGCGUGAGCACAACCGCAUCGCUAAGGAAUUCCGCCAACUCAACCCUUCCCUGGGUGCCGAUGAUGUCUACCAGAAGGCCCGAAAGAUCCUGGGGGCGGUGUGGCAGCACAUCAUCUACAACGAGUACCUGCCGCUGGUCGUCGGAGAAGAUCAGUACAGAUCUAAGAAUCUUUCGCCGAACGCUCCUUACGCGUACGACCCGGCCGUGGACGCGUCGGUUGCCAACGAGUUUGCCGCGGCAGCAUUCAGGUUCGGCCACUCACAGGUCCCGUUUCACCUCACCCGCGCAAACAAGCGGUACAUGCGCAAGACGGUCCCCCAGAUAAACAUGGCAGAGGCGUUCUUCAAUGCCACAUUCAUGUUCGACGAGUCUAUCGAUGAUGGCGCUGUGGAUUCAGUUCUACGGGGCAUGACCUUGCAGAGUAUGUAUAAAGUAGACCGGCGUUACUCGGACGCCCUGACCAACAACCUUUUUGGUGACCCGGCAGUACAAGGCGAUGGGUUUGAUCUUGAGUCUCUCGACAUCCAGCGGGGUCGCGACCAUGGAAUACCGAGCUACACAACCAUCAGAAAGGAUUUCUGUGGCUUGAGUGAAAUCAGCAGCUUCCAAGACCUUGUUGAUGAAGAAGUCAUGCUAAACAUGGACGCCCGCAGCCUUAAGAAAAUCUACGGAGACGACGGGGUACAGGACGUGGAUGCUAUUGUCGGUCUUGUCCUCGAGAACCAUCUUCCGAACACCUUGGUUGGACCCACCGUAUCUUGCAUCGUUGCUGAUCAGUUCCACCGACUUAAAUUUGGCGAUCGUUUCUUCUACCAGAACCCUGACCAGUUCACUCAAGCUCAGAUCGACGAGAUCAAGAAGGCAACCAUGGCUAGGGUGAUGUGUGAUAACCUCGAAGCCAUCCAAAAGAUACAGCCUGGCGUAUUUAUCAAGCCGUUCAAUUUCCAGCCUCCCGUAUCAGACGGCGGCGAGGAAGUUAAUGCUCGCCAAUGGGAAAUGAGGUAUGACUCCUUUUAUGAGUACAGCAGGUCUGGCACCUGGCCUCACAAGAGAGCUACUGUGUUGGAUGGCUUGGAUAACUCACGUGUGGAAUGCGCCUCGGACAAGAUACCAGUCGUCGACCUCUCGAAAUUCAUCUAGAAUCUGGGCACUCACAAGGGCGGAUUCAAAACCAAAUUUCGGGGGGCGGGGUCCACAUUUUAGGGGGGCAGCAAAACUUUCUUUCUGUGAAACCUUGUGGUCUUUCCUAAGUGAGGCUAAACAUUGGGGCUUUUUACAUACUUUUUGAAGGAAGAGAAAUUACGAGGGCCCACGAAAUCGCAUUCCUCUAUUUCAGAGCACAAACGACAUUCAACUGGCCUCCCCUUUUGGAAGAGGGAUAACUCCCUCCAAUCUAUGGUCACACACCUUAUACAAUUUAUGGCAGAAAGAUGGCUGCAUGCAAACAAUGGUAGGUGGAAAAUAUCUUAUAUCUUUGGGUAAAAUGAAGAUGUUGGUCGCACAACCUUACCAUUGUGAAGUAAACAUUCUUUAAUUGUAUGUUUGAAAGGUGAAUCACUUCUAGUCUGAACUGUGAUGUCUAUUUUGGAAAAAAAAAGAAUAUUAAAUUUUAUUUAGCGUAUUGGUUGCCUUUAUUGCAUUUGGGGUAGGGCCUACAUGUAUAUUCAGAUUGAUGAGGUUACGCACAUCCCCUUUUAAGGUCUUUGAAUGUGAGUCGAGUCUAAUAAUUUUUGAAUGAGUAUUUCCCCGGUAAAGGUGUAUUUUUGACAUUCAGUAGGGUGUAAGAUUUGAUUCUAGAAUAACUGGCACAAGCUACAUUUUGCUACAUUUUCAGUAAUUUUUUUUUCAAUUUGGAAACACUAAAAUAGAAACA